AUGGCUGAUUUGGAUUUGCAGAGGAAGAUGGUAUCGGACGACAAGAAGCUCCACGUCACCAUUCCAGAGCAGUUUAAGCUCUCCGUCUCCUCCCCAAUCUCUUGCUCCUCCUCCGCCGCUUGCUCCGCUUACGAGCUAUACCUCCGCUUACCGGAACUCAGGCCUCUCUGGUCCUCUCUCGACUUCCCUCAAUGGAUAUCCGAGCCGGUUCUCAAACCAGCUCUUCAGGCUCUAGAGAUCACUUUCCGUUUAAUCCUGACCGUUUCUUCCGACACACGUCCGUACAUCAACCGCCGCGAGUGGAUCCGACGGUUAGAUUCCCUCGCUACGAGCCAGAUCAAAAUCGUGGCGUCAAUCUGCGAGGAUGAAAACGAUGACGACGAGGAGAACGUAUCAGCGGCGGCUCCGGUCAGCAAUGGCUGGAGCUCGUUGAGCUUGCUUCCGGAGAUCGCCACGUGUCGGACAUCAGAGAGCAUCGGGCAGAAGAUCCUCUGUACGAUCGAGAACGAAAUGCGUUGGUGUAAGUAUACGCUCGGUUUAGGUGAACCAAACCUCGCCGGAAAACCGUAUCUUCAAUACGACGCCGUUUGUCGCCCGGAAAAGCUACACAGCCUCAAGAACAAUCCUUACGCCGAUCACAUCGAGAAUCAAGAGAAUCAAACGCUCUACACUAUUCACCAGAUUCUCGAAUCGUGGAUUUACGCUUCCGUGAAUCUCUUAAACCGAAUCGUCUCGAGAAUCGACGAGGGAAAAUUCGAAAAAGCUUCCUCCGACGUGUACUUGCUGGAGAGUAUCUGGAAGCUUCUGACGGAGAUCGAAGAUCUCCACAUUCUGAUGGAUCCGGAAGAUUUCCUCAAGGUGAAGAAACAGUUACAGAUCAAAUCGGCGCCCACAAACGACGCGUUCUGUUUCCGAUCGAGGGGACUUGUGGAAAUGGCGAAGAUGUCGAAAGCGCUGAGGGAGAAAGUGCCAGCUGUCCUAGAGGUUGAGGUGGAUCCCACCGGAGGUCCGAGGUUGCAGGAGGCGGCGAUGAAGCUUUACUCGAGGAAGACGGAGUACGAGAAGAUACAUUUGCUUCAGGGGAUGCAGGCGGUUGAGUCAGCGGCGAAGAGAUUCUUCUUCGGGUACCAGAAAUUAGUGGCGACGAUGAUGGGGAGUGCGGAGGCGAACGCGAAUAGAACGACGGCGGCGAGUCAUCAUCACGACUCGUGUGACUCGCUGAGUCAGGCGUUUAUGGAGCCAACGUAUUACCCGAGCUUAGACGCUGCAAAGACUUUUCUUGGAGAAUUUUGGAGUAAUUUGGCAUGCAAUGGAAGACACUGA